AUGUCAGACAUCAACCUCCAAGAAGUGCACGACUAUCUGGUCGAUGUUGCCAAGCAAGCAGGCCAGAUCAUCACUACUGCGCGCCCUUCUACCGCAGCCGCAGGGGAGAAGAAGAAUUCUGUUGAUCUGGUCACCGAGAUCGAUCAGAAUACCGAAAGCCUCAUCACCAGACUUGUCCACGAGAGAUAUCCUCACUUCGAGUAUCCAUAUGUCAGCAUUAGUCUGGGACUCGCCAUUGAUCGUAAGCCUGUUGUCGGCGUCGUCUAUAAUCCAUUCACCCAGACUUUGUUCUCUGCCGUCAAAGGCAAGGGCUCGUUCCUUUCUGACCCUUUUCACGAGCACGUACAGUUGCCGUUAAAAGAGCCGGAACCUCUUGCCCUUGACAAAGCUCUGGUAGCUGUGGAAUGGGGAAGCGAUCGAGCAGGCCACGAUUACGAUGUCAAAGUAAAGACUUUCCGCAAUCUGUGCGCUAGCCCAGAGGAAGGCGGUGCUAUGGUACAUGGCAUUCGCUCGUUUGGUUCGGCUGCCCUCAAUCUGUGUGGCGUUGCUGCUGGUCAUCUGGAUGCCUACUGGGAAGCAGGAUGCUGGGCUUGGGAUGUGUGUGCUGGCUGGGUCAUUCUAGAAGAGGCUGGCGGCCAAAUCGUUGAUGCAAACAAAGGCAACUGGCAACCAAGAGUCGACGAAAGACGAUAUCUGGCAGUGAGAAAAGGCGAGCGCCAAAAUGCCUUCAUCGAGGAGCUCUGGACUCAUGUUGCGGGACACCUUAAAGUCGGGAUCUGA